CAAUUAUUAAACAAAUCAAUAAAGUAUCCUAUCGCAAUAUCUUAACUAAUAAACGUAAAAUAUUAAUAUAAAUUUACCUCGCUAUUUUAUAAACAACCAAUAAUGCCAAUAAUAUUGUUAAGCUUAUUAUUGGUGCCUUAUUCGUUGCAAGUAAUACGCUUUCUACUGCUGCUAGGGUCUCUAAUAUAUCCGGUACAAAAUAUGUUGCUAAUCUGAUCCAGUAGGCGAUCGCGCGCGGACUCUCGACUGAUCCAGAAGACGGAGAGGACGUCCCCGAAGAGAAGGAAGGCGAUAAGACAGAGGAGGGCGGGACCGCGACUGCUCCGAAGCCUGUAUCCGUAGUCGACGAUCUACCUAGAACGGACCUUCCUGAAUGGAUUACGGAAAUUGACAUGGAUCUCAAUGAUCUCGCUUUUGCGAUUAGCGUGAGUCCUGUCGAAAUAUGCGCCUAUGUGGCAGUACUCGCUUAUGCGAUCGCGAAACAGCCACGAGCCGAUAAUAUUGACGCGUUCAAUCUUCGACGCCGCUCGGCGAUACAGAGCGUAAUCACCAGCGGAUCACUCCAGAUCUUUGUUGACGAUUCGCCGUACCUAUCCCUCGAGACGUUGACCAAAGUGCACAAUGCUUUCAAUCUCAAUAUUCUCGAUCGCGCCAUCGUACUCAAUUCGAUCGUUUUGCGUGAUACUGCUCUCAUCUCAGGAAAAACUAGGGCAUUUUAUAUGAUUUUCCGUCUUUGCGCCGGGACUUCUUUGAAUCCGCUCAUGCUCAUCGUACGAUAUGCGCGAAAAUAUCCUCACUUCUACGAUGCAUUCCCGGAGUUGCAGACAGAGUAUUAUGCAGCGAACGACGCAGUGGUCAAAUUCUACGAGGUUAACGAAAAAAUUCGCAUGUAUAUGAAGCUCAUAUUCGGGAACGCUUAUAUUCCGAUCGACCGAAAGGAUAUAGAGAAUUUACUUGGAUGCGCGGUCUUCACUCUUGCCCAGACGGAAGCUACUCUGUCGAACUAUAGCGGAGGUAUGUUGAGCGCCAAUCAUCGACAACGACUAAUCGAUCUUCUUCAGGUGGCCGAGAUUCAAGAAGAAGAAGUUCCCGAGGAAAUGAACGAGACCACCAACGCGAACUAAGACACACCGGAACAGAGACGUACGAAAGAGGUAGAUCGUAUUAUUAAAUAAAAAAAAAAAAAAAAAAAAAAAAAAAAAAAAAAAAAA